GGAGGAGGAAUAAGUCCCUCGAGACCAGUAGAUACAGGGUUGCUCAGGCAGGGGAGAGAGCACUGCCGGCCUUUGACCUGCGCGACCAGAGCUGCCUCCCACAGUGACCUUACCUGGGACCAGCUAGCUGGGUAGGCGGGGAAACCCAGCAGCCAGUUCAACCAAGGUCAGGGAGGACAGAGGCUCUCACACCUUUAUUUCAGCAUCUUCGCCAUCAUGGCAGCACCAGGAAGCAUGGCCAAUGGGGUGCUUGUGUUCAUACCCCCAAACAACACUGGUAUCCUCCAACAAGGCCAGGGGGUCUCUGGAGCCAUUUCCCAGACUUCUCAGAUGGUGCAAUACGGGCCUCAGCAGUUCAGAGUCAUGGACCCUGGGAACCAACCUCUUGGGUCAACAUAUUCCGGGAGUGCAGGUGACCAGGUUGCGCAUCUGAGGAAAGUGGGGAUGAUGGAGAGAUUCCUCAAAGCACAGCCCAAGACCCUGGGGGCCAUCCAGAUCCUGACUGGGCUGAUGCACAUUGGCUUUAGUGCUGUCUGUGCAAUUUUCAUCGGAUACUACAUUCCCAUCUCUUUUAUUGGAGGGUACCCCUUCUGGGGAGGAUUUUCCUUCAUCAUUUCUGGAUCCCUCUCGGUUGCAGCAGAGAAGCAUCACAAAUCCUGUCUGGUGAGUGUCUAG